CACUCCCUCCACGAUCCACCAUGUCCCCCAUCAGUAACGCCCCAAAAUUCCGUCUUCCAAAGCUCAAGGUCAAGCCAGCCAGGCCCGAAAUUCGCAAACCUUGCGCUGUCGAGAUGGCUUCUCUGCUUUCUUGUUGGGCAUCCAGCGGUGGUCCUGAUGCGGAGAUGUGUGUCAAGGUGGCCGAUACGUUGAAGCUUUGUAUGACCAAGCCUAAGCAACAGGUGCAAACGACGACGACCAUCAACUACCAUCUGGCGCGUCUAUCAAAGUAUCUUUAAAUGCGUGUGUGCGAAGCAUGGGCGUUGGGGCGGCGGAGAUAGAGGGGGUGGUGGAAAUAUUGCUUUUGUUUGGGUUUAUUGGCGUUAUGUUUUGGAAAGCCUUGUGCCGAUCUUGUUGCCGCGGCUGUUUUAUUCAUUGUAUCAUCAUCUAAAAGAGGGGAAGGAAGGACCACUGGGUGCAUA